AUGUCGCCACCACCCAGUCAAGUUGCAUCACCGAUCGCUGAUGCCCACAAGAUCGUCGUUGACCCAUCGAAGUCGGGCAAAGAUGACCUUUCUACGGCAAUCUUGCAAGGCAAAGCGUCUCCGAACAAGCUUCUCGUUGACGAAUCCAGCUCUGAUGACUCUUCAAUUGUGUACAUGUCGCCAAAAAAGAUGGAGGAGCUGCAGUUCUUCCGCGGAGACACCAUUCUGAUCAAAGGGAGGCGUCGAAAGGACACGGUUGCCGUGGUACUCUCCGAAGAAGGCUGCGCCGACAUCCGCAUCCAGCUCAACAAGGUGACAAGGAAGAACAUCCGCGUCAAAUUGGGCGACAUCGUCAGUGUGCAAAUUCAUUCGGACAUCAAAUAUGCCACGAGCAUCCAUGUCCUUCCUAUCGACGAUACAUUGGAAGGUGUCACUGGAAACAUCUUUGAUGUAUUUUUGAAGCCAUAUUUCCUGGACGCAUAUCGCCCCAUCCGUCUGCAUGAUUAUUUUUUGGUUCGCGGCGGCAUGCGUGCUGUGGAAUUCAAGGUUGUCGAUUGCCAACCAUCGCCUACGGCCAUCGUAGCUCCGGAGACCGUGAUCCAUUUUGAAGGUUCUCCGAUCAAACGCGAGGACGAGGAGAGCAAUCUGAACGAAAUCGGGUAUGAUGACGUCGGUGGUUGCCGUAAACAGAUGGCCCAAAUCCGCGAGCUCGUCGAGCUGCCCCUGCGCCACCCACAACUCUUUAAGAGUAUCGGCAUCAAGCCGCCAAGAGGCAUUUUGCUUUUUGGACCGCCUGGAACGGGAAAAACGCUGAUUGCGCGUGCAGUGGCCAACGAAACGGGCGCCUUUUUCUUCCUCAUUAACGGGCCUGAGGUGAUGUCCAAGAUGGCCGGUGAGUCCGAGUCCAAUCUUCGGAAGGCAUUCGAGGAGGCAGAUAAAAAUGCACCCGCGAUUAUCUUUAUCGACGAGAUUGAUUCGAUCGCACCGAAGCGUGAAAAGACAAAUGGAGAGGUUGAACGCCGAGUAGUUUCACAGCUUUUGACGUUGAUGGACGGCAUGAAGAGCCGUUCAAACGUCGUCGUUAUCGCCGCUACCAACCGCCCCAACUCUAUUGAUCCAGCAUUGCGCCGGUUUGGUCGUUUUGAUCGCGAGAUCGAUAUUGGCAUUCCGGAUCCAUCUGGCCGCUUGGAUGUGCUGCGUAUUCACACGAAAAACAUGAAGCUGGCUCCAGGCGUAGACCUGGAGCAGAUUGCGGCAGAGACACAUGGAUAUGUGGGCUCAGAUCUCGCAUCGCUUUGCUCAGAAGCAGCCAUGCAGCAAAUCAGAGAAAAAAUGCAGCUCAUCGACCUCGAAGAUGACAAGAUCGACGCCGAGGUGCUUAAUUCGCUUGCAGUGACCAUGGAAAACUUUAGGUUUGCCAUGGGCGCCUCCAAUCCAUCAGCACUGCGGGAGACCGUUGUUGAGGUGCCUACCAUCAAAUGGGCAGACAUCGGAGGGCUAGAAAAAGUCAAGCGCGAAUUGCAGGAGACCGUACAGUAUCCAGUGGAGCACCCGGAAAAGUUCCUCAAAUUCGGCAUGUCACCCUCAAAAGGCGUGCUUUUUUAUGGGCCUCCAGGAUGCGGUAAGACGCUCCUCGCGAAGGCCAUUGCCAACGAGUGCCAGGCCAACUUUAUUUCGGUCAAGGGCCCGGAGCUGCUGACAAUGUGGUUCGGCGAGUCCGAAGCAAAUGUGCGUGAAAUAUUUGACAAGGCGCGAGCAGCUUCACCUUGUGUGCUUUUCUUUGACGAAUUGGACUCCAUUGCAAAGGCGCGCGGAUCAUCCAUGGGCGAUUCGGGCGUUGCUGACCGUGUGCUAAAUCAACUGCUGACCGAGAUGGAUGGCAUGGCGGCCAAAAAGAACGUCUUUGUCAUUGGCGCCACCAACCGUCCCGAUCACAUCGAUCCUGCGCUCCUACGUCCAGGUCGCCUUGAUCAGCUGAUAUACAUCCCACUUCCAGACGAACCAUCAAGGCUGGCCAUUCUCAAGGCGACACUUCGAAAAUCGCCCCUUUCCGCAGACAUCGAUCUUAAUGCAAUCGCAAAAUGGGCUUCAGGGUUUUCUGGCGCCGAUCUCACCGAAAUCUGCCAGCGUGCAUGCAAGCUUGCCAUUCGUGCCUCCAUAGAGGCCGAGCUUGCUGCCGCAACAAAGCAGGCCAAGGUCGUAGAGACACAACAAGGUGACGAUAUGGACCAGGCCAUGCAAGUUAUGGAGCCCAAUGCCCAAAUGAUGGACCUGGGCGAAGUAGAGGACCUUGUCCCAGAAAUCACGCGUGCGCACUUUGAGGAAGCUCUCAAAUUUGCCCGUCGUUCCGUUAGCGACACUGACAUUCGCCGCUACGAGUCUUUUGCACAAACAUUGCAACAGUCCCGUGGUUAUGAAUCCUCCUUUUCGUUCGCCUCAAGUGCGUUUGGGGACAAUUCCUCUGCCACUGAUGCAGGAGAAUUGGAAGCUAGUUCAAUUGAUGGGGAUCUUUACAAUAGCUAA